GCACAUGUAGUGGAGACUCUUUAAAACUUGCUAGCAGCAUUCCUUCACUCAGACAGAUAAGGUCAGGGUGAAGACGAUUAGUGGUUUAGGUUAUAUAUAUUUCCGUCUGCUUAUCCCGGAAAAGCAUCUUUAUCACCGUCGGCGUCGCCCGUCAACCCAGGACAUCGCCUCGCGGCCAUUGACCAGGCAAUCUGCUCAAGCCCAAUACCAAUAUGGCAUCCAGCCCACCAAAUAAAUCUUUAUCCAUACUGCUACUCGUCUGCGGCCUUACGCAUUUCAAUUUGAUAACAUUCACUUUAGCGGAUGUAGUGCCCGGCACGCCGGAUGUCGACUGUGCCAAGGAGCUGACUAAGUGGACGCCGUGGACAAUGAAAGAGGAGCUUAUCAAGGACGGCUGUGGUGUUCGUCGCCGCAGCCGGAAGUUCCGUACAACCGCUGCAGAACGGCAGUGCACUGAUCUGGACUUGGUGGAAUACAACGAGGAAUGUGGACUAAUCAGUGAGGAAGAAAUCUGCGAGGCAUUUCAAUACUACGUCCUGGACCGCUUGUUUGCCCAGAGAAAUGCCACCCGGCGGCGCAUUGCCAAUCAGCCGCAACUACCAUCGUUUGCAAUGUCGCACCAUGUCGAUCCCCUCCUGCCAGUGACAACAUGCCCUAGGGAGCCUGCUCUGCGCCCUGUUGAUUUCUUGAUCAUGCUCGACAUAUCCGGCAGCAUGUCCACGGGUAGGAGCAAGAAACUGAAAAAGAGUUUGUCUCGCCUGGUAUCUAGAGCAGUGCCCAGUGUGCAUGAGAAUUCUACUCGCGUAGCCAUGAUGACGUUCGCAGAGGAUGCCAGUGUACUGUUCAACUUCAACACAUGUCGCACUAAGAGGUGCUAUCAUGAAGCGUUCCACAGCACUCCUACCACGGCAGGCGGAAGGACAAGAAUGGCUCCCAGCCUGAAUGCUGCAUCCGAUCUCUUUGCCUCCGCCGCAAAGGGUGCCCGGAAGUGCAGUCGCAAGGCCAUCUUGAUUAUCACCGAUGGCACGCAUGGGCAUGGUGAACCAGAAGUACCUGCAAAGAAAUUGCGCGACGAGCAGGACGUGGAGAUCUUCAUUGUUGCACUCACCGGUCUGAUCGACGAGAAAGAACUCAGGUCCAUUGCGAGCCAGCCUGCUAAGACACAUCUGUACUACAUGGAUACGUUUAGGACUCUGCCACGUGUGUUCAAGAACCUGAAAUCCGCCACGGUGCCAGAAGAAGAACACUUGGAAUCUGCGAAAUAGUUACCCAAGCGGCAUGAUUAAUGGAACCUUUUAUAGACCUGUUGUCAGUACUUGUGCGUAUUGUUGGGUCCUAUUUCAAUUUCCACUU